AUGGAACGUAUAUGUUUGAUUCUUUUGCUGUUGUAUAAAUUAUUAAUAGCUAAAGCACAGUUCAAUGGAUACAACUGUGAUGCCAACUUUCAUAGCCGUUUUCCUGCUGAGCGGGACAUCAGCGUGUACUGUGGAGUACAAACCAUCACUCUAAAGAUUAACUUCUGCCCAGUGCUUUUCUCUGGCUACACUGACACUGACCUGGCCCUCAACGGACGUCAUGGUGAUGCCCACUGCCGGGGGUUCAUUAACAACAACACCUUCCCUACAGUGGUGUUGUUCAGCAUCAGCCUUAGCACACUGGAGGCCUGCGGCAACAUGCUAGUGGUCUCCACAGCUCAGGGGCCCAAUGCAUAUGGGAACCUUUCGUUGGUGCAGAUCGGGAAUAUAUCAGGGUACAUCGACACACCUGACCCUCCUACUGUCAUCAGCUAUCUGCCUGGACUGCUCUAUAAGUUCAGCUGCAGCUAUCCACUGGAGUACCUGGUGAACAACACGCAGUUGGCAUCGUCUGCUGCAGCGAUUUCAGUAAAAGAGAGCAAUGGUACUUUUGUAAGCACACUGAACUUACUGCUGUACAAUGACUCUACAUAUGUCCAACAUUUGGCCAUUCCAAUGGCUGGCCUCACUCUGAAAACUCGUGUGUUUGCUGCCGUCAAAGCCACAAACUUGGACAGAAGGUGGAAUGUGCUGAUGGAUUACUGUUACACCACUCCAUCCGGCAAUCCCAACGACAAGCUUCGAUAUGAUCUUUUUGUUGGGUGUGACAAGGACCCUCAGACGACAGUGUUCGAAAAUGGAAAGAGUCAGAUGGGGCGUUUCUCCUUUGAGGUGUUCCGUUUCGUCAAGCACAAGAAUCAGAAGAUGUCUACCGUCUUCCUGCACUGUGUGACCAAGCUGUGCCGCUCAGAUGACUGCCCCAUGCUUGUGCCGAUUUGUGGAAUGCGUAAGAAACGGGAUGCAAACGAGAAUACAGAGCCUCAUGCAGUAUCUGGGAAUGCUGUUAUAACUGCAGGACCCAUCAUCACUAGAAGUGAUGAAACUCCAACCAACAACUCUCAGCUGGUUCUAGUAAACAGUGGUCCAUUCAAGAUGAACUCAGUAACGAGUGCUCUCAUAUCUGGCAUUGUCAUCCUGGCUGUAAUGAGCAUGUGCUUCUUCAUCUUCUCUCUGACGCUCCUGAAAGGAAAGCGGCCACCUCCAAUGCCACUGUCUGUGGCUCACAAUCCUGCUUUCAGCUAAACACACACAACCCAGACAAACACACAAUGAUUAACAUUUAUCAGAAAUGUAUUUGAUUUGGACUGAAUUAGGUUGAAUUUUGGUUCAUAUAAUUAAACAAGAGUCUUAAAUGAAACAUUGUCAUGAUACUGUUAAUAUGUACAGUAACUGACUCUCAUAAAAAGUCAUAAAUAGUUUUCAGACAUUAUACUGAAUUUAUAAAAUUAAGCAAACAAAAACAAUAAACAAUGCACUUUGAACAGCACACAUACAGUAGCUACAAAUACAUUCAUGUAACAGAAUUUCACCCUUCAGAGCAAUCCAGAUUGGCAUAUAAAACAUAUUAAAAUGUAAGUGUAGUACACAAAGAUUAAAGCAAAACAGGACAAUUUAGACAAAAAUCUAUCAGCCACUGUGCAAGCGAUGCAGUUCUUCCUGGAUUCUAUGAAUAAAAAAAGUCAUAUUAUAUUCUAUAAUGCAUUCUGAAAUAGCAAAUAGAUUUGAAUGAAAUAUCUUAUUUUUUAUAGAUUUGUUGAAAUUUGGUAAGCAAGCCUACAGCUCUGUUUAUACAUGUAUUUAAGUAACAGCGUGGAUCCAAAUCUGUGAGAGUAAAUCUUAACUUAAAGUCAAUACCUCAGUCUCUCACCAUCUGAUUGCAGGGUGUAGGAUCUAUUAUCUUUACGUGCAUAGAAACAGGAAUAUUUUACAUUUUCUACACAGUUAUCACAUUGUGCCACAGUUAUUAGGCUAAGAUAAAGUCAGGGUAUUAGAUAUGAGCGAGAGAGACUGGGUACAACACAUUAUAGUCAGAAGGAGCCUAAUGAAUGUGGUUGCCAUGAAUAACAAUGUUACUAUAUAUAAAACUAUGGAGUUCUAAUAAAUUGUACCUCUUCUUAUUUAUUAGUACUUUUCUGUUUAUUUUAUAAUCAUCUUUGUUUC